AUGUCUCUUAGUGAACCAACAUUUUCAUUCAUUGAUCGUAAACGAUACGAAGCAAAAUGUGAACGUGAGCGUUUAAGAGGUUCAUUACCAUCGGGUACUUAUGUAUCACCACCAGAUGAUCCAUGGUUUCCACGCCCCAUUGAUUAUACUAUGGUUAAUUUUCAUCCAAAUCGAAAGAAAAUAACUCGAACAUUAUCAGUUCAAGAUCUUGCAGCAAAACAACCACGACAAAAAUUUCGUGAUCCUUUUAAUCCAGCUGUAAUGAAACCAUUUGAAGUACCACAUGAAAAUCAUUUCACUAAAUCAAAACAUUCACUUGAUGGUCGUGAUAAGUUUUUACUUGAUCCAAGACUUAAAUAUGAGAAAGUAAAACGAAUGUUAAAUACAGAACCUUAUCAAAUGCCUAAACCACAUGAUUUUCGACAGUAUCCAGAUAUGAAAGAUUUAGAUCAACCAGAAUUUGAAACUAAAUAUGAUCAUGAUCCGGGUAAUAUUCGAUUUUUUACUGAACAUUUAAAUACUUUAUGGCUUCAAGAACGUGAAAAUGAACGUGUGCCUAUAAUCAAAAAUUCCAUACCGGAAAUGUAUCGGAAUUUAACAGCAAAACCAAAAUUUGAUGCCAAAUUAAUUCUACCUAAAGUUACUUAUCCAAAUAAAACUGUUAAUUUUAGUCGUUAUCGAAAUUCAACACGUUCGGUGCAAAGUGCCUAUUGGGAGCGAGUAGAAGAUCAUUUCAAUGAACGACAAAAUAAACAACGCUUAGAAAUUAUUUAA